AUGGAAACUGAUACAGAGGAAGAAGAAGAAGAGGAAAAUGAAGGAGCUAAAGAGGGACAAAGGGAUAAGGGACAUCGCCUUCAUACCCCCAUAUACUGGUUCCUCAGCAUAUUGUCCUUCCUGGAAAUCUGCUACACCACAAAUAUCAUUCCCAGGAUGCUACUUGGUUUCCUGUUGGAGAAGAGUAUAAUAUUAUUCCCUGUCUGCAUGAUACAAUUCUACCUCUUUGCUUUAUUGGGAGCCACGGAGUGCUUGCUCCUUGAAAUGAUGACUUAUGAUCGGUACCUGGCUAUAUGCUAUCCACUGCACUAUGCAGCUGUCAUGACUGGCAGGGCCUGCACCCAGUUAGUAGCUGGUUCCUGGGCAUGUGGUUUUCUGAUACCCAUGAUAACAGUAUCUGUGGUGUCCCAUCUGACAUUCUGUGGUCCCAAUGAAAUCAACCAUUUUUUCUGUGAUUUCAAACCUCUCGUAAAACUCUCCUACACGGACUCCUACUCAGUCAAAACCACUGUUAGCAUCUUGUCCUUGAUUGUAACCUUGGUCCCAUUUCUCUUAAUCCUCGUGUCCUACACUCACCUCCUCAGGGCCAUCCUGAGAAUUCCUUCCACUAUCGGGAGGAAAAAGGCCUUCUCCACCUGCUCCUCCCACCUCAUUGUGAUCAUCACUUUCUAUGGGACCCUGAUUGUCAUGUACGUGGCCCCCUCAGCAAACGACUCGCCAGCUCUUAACAAGGUCUUCUCCCUGCUGUACACCACACUGACCCCCACGUUUAAUCUCAUCAUAUACAGCCUCAGAAAUCAGGAAGUUAGAGAGGGUGUGAAGAACCUCCUAAGGUUUCAGGGUUAA